AUGGCUGCUUUAAAAGAACAUUUAGCUACAAAUAAGCACGAAAAAAAUAUUAGAGGAGAUAUAGGUUCUUCACAGAUAGACAAUUUUUUUAAAACGACGUCCAUUUCAAAUGAAGUAAAAAAAGACGAAAUAAAAAUGGUUGCAGUACUUUUGGAGCAUAAUAUACCUUUUAGGGUAAUGGACCACUUAAGUAGGGUACUUAGUGAUGCUUUCCACGAUUCCGAAAUGGCUAAGAAGUUCUCCUGCAAAAGAACAAAAUCCACUGCAAUUGCCUACAACGUUCUGGGACGUAAUUUUGGAUCUAGGAAGCCUCUGCAGAUAUACACUCAGGACUCUUUUUUUCCAUUAUAUUCGAUGAAAGCACUGAUGAUGAAACCAAUUCGUUUUUGUAACAGAGCGUUAAGUCCCGUAAAAAUUAACCAAUCAGUAAGUGAGAAAGUAAAUUCAACUGAAAUUCUUUCGAUCAAAAGCUCUCGAUUUUAUAGUGGAUCUAAAGAAAAUAUACUCCCUUGUAAUUUUACCCUACAAGAACAACAUAACAAAGAUGAAGAUCAGUAUAAAGUUGGUAAAAAAAAACCGCUAAUGAAAUAUUACCGAUUUAAAAUUCUAAUGCAUCUGACAUUUCUUCCACAUGGAAAAUGGAACAAAGUGAUGUUAAUACCACUAGCAAGUGACCUUAAUCUAUUGAAAAACUAUUUCGUGCGAAGGGCAAAUGAAUCUUGUGAUAAAUUACAGAAAAAUAAUAAUGAUAUUAAUUCUUACAUGUUUCUGUUAGAAACUAUAUAUUGCCGUCUAAUCUUAUUAAAUAGAAGGCGCCCUGGUGAAUUAGAAAGAAUGACCAUACAGAGUUACAUUAGCGCUAAAGAUAAUCAAUGUUAUGAAGAAUUUUCUGAAGCAAUUUCAGAAACCGAAAGAAUUUUAAUGAAAAGUUUUAAAAGAAUAGUAAUAAAAGGUAAAAGGGGACGUGGUGUACCUGUCCUAGUAAGUAAGGAUGUACAAGAACACUUAGAAAUGAUUACAAAAUGUAGAGAUUUACUUUUAAAAACACCUAGUAUUUACCUUUUUGUUAAUCCAAAAUUUGAUAAACCAAUUCGAGGGUUUGAAGUAAUGUCAAAGUAUGCUAAAUUAUGCGGAGCUAAAAAUCCUAGUGCCCUUACAUGUACAAGGUUGAGAAAACAUAUAUCGACGCUAACCCAGUUGUUUACCAUGUCGGAAAAUGACAUGGAGCAACUGGCUUUAUUUAUGGGGCACACAUUAGGAAUUCAUCGAUCUUCAUAUAGACUACCCGAUGACAUUUAUCAAACUGUAAAGAUCUCUAAGUUGCUCCUGUUAAUGGAGAAAGGUAAAGCCGAUCAAUUCAAGGGAAAAAGUUUAAAAGAAAUAGCGAUAAAUUUGGAAGAAGACAUUGUGGAAGAUGAUGAUGGACAUAAUAACGAGGUAUUUGGGGAACAAAAAAAUGAAACCAAUGACGUUAUUGAAUCAAAAGGUCCAGAAAGUUGUAAUAAUGAAAAAAAGGGAAUAAUGGAUAUGAAGGCAAAAAAUAAAAAAGGGGUUUUAGUUUCGUGGACAGAAAAUCAGAAGAAAGUAGUCAAAAUGUAUUUUAAAAACCCACAUUAA